UUAAAAUGGCGGCGCCCAGCGAACAAUGUGAGAACCGGCGACUGCAGUGAACUUUUGCAUUUUAUGCGACGAGGAUCGUUAAUUAUACAAAGAAUUUCAGCGUAAUUUUGAAGUGAUCCAGCAAGAUGUAUUCCGUGUACAAGCAGAUCCAUCCCCCGACAGGGAUUGAACACUGCGUCUACUGCAACUUCUUCAACUCAUGGGAGAAGAAUCUCGUCAUAGCCGGAGUCAACCAGCUCCAUGUGUACAGACUCAACUCCGAGCUGGAGAUGUCAGAGACACCAGAGGAAGAAAUGUUAGCAGACAGUCGCAGGACGAGACUGGAGAACCUGGCUACGUUCACACUGUUCGGCAAUGUGAUGUCCAUGCAGACAGUGAAGCUGGCGGGCUCACAGAGAGAUGCCCUAUUGCUGAGCUUCAGUGAUGCCAAGCUCUCUGUGCUGGAGUACGACCCCGGUACACAUGACCUAAAGACAUCCUCACUCCACCAGUUUGAGGAACAGGAGCUGAAGGAAGGGUUUUACAAGCCACAUACAAUCCCCAUGGUGCGAGUUGACCCUGACGGCCGGUGUGCAGUGAUGCUGGUGUACGGCACGCACCUGGUGGUGCUACCAUUCAAGAAGGACGCUGUGUUGGAGGAGAUUGACCCACUCAUGGGGGGAUCAUUCAGCAGCAAGUCUCCCAUUCUGUCGUCCUACAUCAUCGAUCUGCGGAAGCUGGACGAGAAGAUCACCAACGUCCACGACAUCCAGUUUCUGCAUGGCUACUUCGAGCCGACAGUCUUCAUUCUGUAUGAACCUCUUAUGACAUGGACAGGUCGUACAGCGGUGAGGGCGGACACCUGCAGCAUUGUCGCCAUCUCCCUCAACAUCCAACAGAAAGUCCACCCCAUCAUCUGGUCACUGAGUAGUCUCCCCUUUGACUGUUUCAUGGCGAUUGCUGUGCCGCGACCAAUUGGUGGUGUGAUAGUGUUUGCUGUGAACUCCCUUCUCUACUUGAAUCAGAGCGUCCCUCCAUAUGGUGUCUCCCUCAACAGCAUGGCAGAGGCGUCGUCCGCCUUCCCACUCCGGAUCCAGGACGGGGUGAAGUUAACCUUGGACUGUGCCCGAGCUUCCCUCAUCUCCCACGACAGACUGGUUUUGUCCCUCAAGGGUGGGGAGCUGUACGUGUUGACCCUCGUGGUGGACGGCAUGAGGAGUGUCCGCAGCUUCCACUUCGACAAGGCCGCCUCCAGCGUGCUCACCACCUGUAUGUGCCAGUGUGAAGAGGGCUUCUUGUUCCUGGGGUCGCGGCUCGGCAACUCCCUGCUGCUCAAGUAUGAGGAGAAGGCCAUGGACAAGUCUGAGAGGCAGGAGGCCGACAAGAAACAGAAUGAACCUGCUUCAAAGAAGAGGAAGGUUGAAGGGGCGGAACAGUUAGCGUCUGAUGUGACGGAGAUUGAGAACCUGGAUGAGCUGGAGGUGUACGGCGCCAGUGAAAACACAGCAGGAACCACCAUCACAUCCUACACCUUCGAGGUGUGUGACAACAUAUGGAAUAUCGCCCCGUGCGGACAGAUCACGAUGGGAGAUCCUGUCUUCCUGUCUGAAGAGUUCAGUAGCUCCCUUGACCCUGACCUUGAACUUGUCACGACCUCUGGCUAUGGCAAGAAUGGGGCCCUAUCAGUAUUACAGAGAAGCAUUCGGCCGCAGGUGGUGACCACGUUUGAGCUGCCCGGCUGUAGAGACCUGUGGACAGUGUUCAGCUCCGUGCCCCUGGUAGAUGAUGAGGCAGAGAAGGAGGAAGGGGAGAAAGAAGAGGAGCCCAAGCCAGAGUUGAAAGGAGGCCACUCCUUCCUCAUCCUCAGUAGGGCCGACACCAGCAUGGUUUUGAAGACAGGCCAGGAGAUCAUGGAGUUGGACCACAGUGGUUUCAGCACUGAGGCAGCCACGGUUUACGCAGGAAACAUCGGCGCCAACUACAUUCUGCAAGUCUGCCCGAAGGCCAUCCGCCUGCUAGAAGGAGUGAAGCAGCUGCAGCACAUCCCCAUGGAUAUCUGCAUCACCAAGUGCACCGUGGCCGACCCCUACGUCCUCAUCAUGACCGAAGAUGGAGGCUUCAUGCUGCUCACGCUCAAACAGGACAGCUUCGGCACCGGCGUCAGGCUGGCCGUCAUGAAACCCCAGCUGCAGAUGCAACCCCUAGUGGUGAGCGUCACAGCCUACAAGGACCUGAGUGGCAUGUUGACAACAUCACCUAUCAAGAUGGAGGAACACCACACGGAGAAAGCCAACAAGCCCGUGGUGGAGAAACCAGUCAUGCUGGAUAGCAGUGCCAUCGAUGACGAGGAUGAAUUGUUGUAUGGAGACUCAGACACAUCAGCUUUCACUUCAUCUUUCAACAUGGGCACACAGGACAACAAGCAGACAGCACCAGGGAAGAGCAGCAGCAAGGACAUGAAGCCCUCGUACUGGGCCAUCAUGUGUCGGGAGAACGGGGACAUGGAGAUCUACAGCAUGCCGGACUUCAAGCUGUGUUUCUAUGUGAAGAACUUCCCCAUGGGUCACAAGGUGCUGGUGGACAGUGGCCAGGUGGUCGACACGGCCGCAAAACAAAGUGCCAGCUUCAGCGACAAGUCCGGCAUGGUGGGAGAGGUACACGAGGUGAAGGAGCUGCUGAUGGUGGGGUUCGGACACAACAAGUCUCGCCCCUACCUCCUGGCCCGCGUGGAGGACUCACUGCUGAUCUACGAGGCGUUCCCCUACCAGCAGGAGAACCUGUCGCGCACCGAGAACCACCUGAAGAUCCGCUUCAAGCGCUACAACCACAACAUCAUGCUGAAGGAGAGGAGGCCGGCCAAGGGGAAGAAGAAGGACGACAAGGAGGAGGAGGAGAAGGUGGCCGUGUACUCCCAGCAACACCUGCGCUACUUCGAGGACGUGUCCGGCUACUCUGGUGUGUUCAUCUGUGGCCCGUACCCCUUCUGGCUGUUCAUGACGUCCAAGGGCUCCCUCAGAAUCCACCCCAUGAGCAUCGACGGCGCUGUCACCAGUUUCACCUCCUUCCACAACAUCAACUGUCCCAAGGGAUUCCUGUACUUUAACAAGCAGUCUGAGUUGCGUAUCUGUGUGCUGCCCACUCACGUGACCUACGAUGCUCCGUGGCCGAUACGUAAAGUCCCGCUGCGCUGCACGCCCGUACACCUCACCUACCACUCCGACAGCAAGAUGUAUGCUGUAGUCACCAAGACGGCAGAGAUCUGUAACCUGCUGCCCCGGACCACGUCGGACGAGCGAGAGUGGGACACAGUGGAGAAAGAGGAGCGCUACAUCUUCCCGACGAUGGACAGGUACACUCUACAGCUGUUCACCCCCAGCUCGUGGGAGCUCAUCCCCAGGGCCAGCUAUGAGACGGAGGAGUGGGAGGACGUCACGGUGCUGAAGAAUGUCAUGUUGAAGUCCGAGGGAACGCUGUCUGGCAUCAAGGGGUAUAUUGCCAUGGGAACCAACUACAGCCUCGGGGAGGAGGUGGUGUCAAGGGGAAGGCUGAUUAUAUUUGAGGUGAUAGAAGUUGUUCCUGAGCCCGGUCAGCCCCUCACGAAGACCAGGAUCAAGAUCAUCUAUGAGAGAGAACAGAAGGGCCCGGUCACCUGCUUGUCUCAUGUCAACGGCUUCCUGCUGUCGGCCAUAGGACAGAAGUUGUACAUGUGGACGUUGAAGGACAACGACCUGAUUGGCGUGGCCUUCAUCGACACUCAUAUCUACAUCCACUCCCUCUGUGUCAUGAAGAAUCUCAUCCUGGCCGGGGACCUCCUCAAGAGCAUCUCACUGUACCGCUUCCAGGAGGACCUCAAAGUCCUGUCCAUUGUCAGCAGGGACAUCAAGCCCCUGGAGGUGUACGCCAUCGACUUCAUGGUGGACAACAACCAGGUCUGCUUCGCUGUAUCAGACAGAUUCAAGAAUAUCAUUGUGUAUUCCUACCAACCAGAAGCUCGGGAGAGUCACGGGGGUCAGAGGUUACUACGCAGAGCGGACUUCAACGUCGGAUCUCACAUCAGCAGCAUGUUCCGAGUCCGAUGUCGUCUCACCGACAUCGCCAGUGACAAGAAACUGAUGACGCUGUAUGAAAAGCGGCAUAUUACUUACUGUGCCAGCCUUGAUGGGAGCCUGGGUUAUCUGAUGCCCAUCUCGGAGAAGGUGUACCGCCGCCUGCUCAUGUUGCAGAACGCCAUGACAACACACGUGCCCCACACGGCUGGAUUGAACCCUAAAGCUUACAGGGCCAUAUUGUUGUGCAUCCCCGAGCUGGCCAACCCCCACAAGAACAUUCUGGAUGGGGAGCUCCUGUGGAAAUACCUACACCUCAGCAUUCUGGAGAAAAAUGAGAUCUCCAAGAGGAUUGGAACGUCCACUGACCAGAUAAUGGAUGACUUAAUGGAGAUAGACCGAGCAACGGCCCACUUUUAAUUCUCCAUCAACCCACCAACUGACAGUGUUUGUCUUGGGCCUACUUGACAGGAGUUAUCUCCCCUGAGAGAAGUCUUAUGUACAGAGUGCCAAUACCACGACCUGGGUUGUGUGCGAGCUCUGAGACGUUGGUCACCUCAAACCUUCUAACCCAUCAUGCUGAAACUCAGAGUAUAAUUGUAUAAAACUCCAGAUCAGAGGACAGUGACACAGAUCAGUGUAAUGUUUGGGUAACUGUUGAGACAGAUAUGAAUUAUGGAUUAAUCCAACUGAACAGCUGUUGAAGGAAGCUAGGGUGCCGGUGUCACAAGAAGAGUGCCCAGUGCUAGUUUGAAGACAAACAUGCUGUGCUAGUGGAUGGAGUUGACCAACUCCAGUGUAAAUUGACUGACUUCAAAUCAAAUUGUUUAUAAGUUUCAUUCAGCUGUCACUACUUUGUUUUCAUUGUGUACAUAAUCAUCACAUGUGUUUUGACGUCUCUCGUUGUACAUACAUAACGUAUGUAAAUACAGAAUAAAACACAAGAUGUACUGCUA